AUGAAAGAACAUCUUGAAGAAAAACCUUCAAAGUACACCCCUGAGUUACAACAAAGGUUGUUCACUCCUGUCUUGAACAAAAAAGUUCCACCUAUUCCAUCAAAGGAAGAAAAAACACCAUUUCCUAAACCAAAUUUACUUUCUGCUGUUUUAUUUUGGUGGUUAACACCAUUAUACAAAAUUGGUUAUAAGAGAACUUUAGUCUCGAAUGAUCUUUGGUACUUAAGAGAUGAUAUUGGAGUUGAAAAGACAUAUGCUAUUUUCAAUUCACAUUUGGACAGUGGUAAAUCAAUUAUGAUAUCAUUAUUUUUAACUUUCAAGUAUGAAUAUUCGUUUGCAUUAUUUGCCAAGGUACUUGCUGAUUUGAUCCAGGUUUUACUCCCUUUGUUAACAAAAGCACUUGUCAAUUUUGUUGAACAAAGAAUAUUGAAUGGUGGUAAAGUUAAUAAAGGUAUUGGUUAUGCAAUUGGUUGUGCUGUAUUGGUUUGUAUUGAUGGGAUUUUGGUUAAUCACUCUUUGUAUCAUUCAAUGCUUGUUGGUUCUAAAGUUAAAGCUAUUUUGACAAAGAGUUUAUUAGAAAAAUCUACCAAAACUAGUGAAGAAUCUAGAAAGGAAUUUACAACAAGUAAAGUGACUUCAUUAAUGGGGACUGAUUUAACAAGAUUAGAAUUUGCAAUUGGAUUUUUACCUAUGGGUUUUGCUAUUCCACUACCUGUGAUUAUUGCUAUUGCGUUGGUCAUUAUCAACAUUGGAGUCUCAUCAUUAGCUGGUAUUGGUGUUUUCUUUGUUGCCAUUUUCAUUCUAGCAUUUCUUGGUAAACAAAUGUUCAAACUAAGAGGUGUUGCAAAUGUCUUUACAGAUGAACGGGUUGGGUUAGUGCGUGAAUUGAUUCAGUCUUUAAAAUUUAUUAAAUUUUAUGCUUGGGAAGAUGCUUAUGAAGAGAAAUAUCAAAAUAUAAGAACAAAGGAGAGUUCUGUUGUGUUUAGUAUGCAACGUUAUAGAAACAUUAUGAUGGCGUUUGUUUUAACUCUACCUUCUGUGAUAUCCAUGGUUUCAUUCUUGGUUUUACAUUCUGUUGAUAAUUCAAGAAGUGUUGCAGAUAUUUUUUCUUCUCUUACUUUAUUUGGUGUUUUAAGUCAAGAAAUUAUGAUGUUGCCUAUAAUCAUUGGUGUGGUUACCGAUGGGAAAGUUGCAUUCAAGAGAAUUGGUGAAUAUUUAGCAGUCAAUGAAGAAAACAUUGAAAUCACACCAGACGUUUUAGAUGAUGCUAAUUCAAUUGAAGCUGAAGAUCUCUCACUUCACAAUGUACAGAAUGCAACUUUUGAUAUAAAGUCUGGUGAAUUUGUUGUUGUUGUGGGCAUUGUUGGAUCUGGUAAGUCUUCAUUAUUGAAAGCCCUAAAUGGGAAGUUUACAAGUGGGAAAUUGAGGUAUUCUGGGGAGUCAAUAUUUUGUGAUGAACCUUGGAUUCAAAGUACAACCAUUCGUGAGAAUAUUAUAUUUGGUGAAAAUUUUGAUCAAGUUCGUUAUAAAAAGGUCUUGAAGGCAUGUUCUCUGGAGAGUGAUCUGAAAAAUUUACCAUUUUCUGAUUUAACACAAGUUGGUGAUCGUGGUGUUACACUUUCAGGGGGUCAAAAGGCUAGAAUUAAUCUUGCUCGAGCUCUUUACAAAGAUGUCGAUAUUUAUCUAUUGGAUGAUGUGCUAAGUGCAGUUGAUGCAAAAGUUGGAGAUGCUAUUGUCAAUGAUUGUUUGUUUGGGAUAUUGAAAGAAAAGACAAGAGUAUUAGCCACUCAUCAUUUAUCAUUAGUGCAUCAAGCUGAUAGAAUUAUUUUCCUUGGGGAAACAUUACAAAUUGGUGCUCUAAAAGAUUUUGCAAACAAUAAGGAGUUUCAAACAUUAAUGUCAUUUGGAAAUUCUAAAAAAUUGGAGGAAAAGAAAGAGGUUUUUGAAGUGCAAGAAAGACAAACUGAUAAAGAGUUGAUUAAUGAUGAAGAACAAGCUGUUAAUUCUAUCAAAUAUGUUGUUUAUAAACAAUAUUUAAAAGCUGGAAAUUCUAGGUAUUAUUUAGCAGUCCCAUUGAAUUUAUUGUUGUUAACAUUAAGCGUCUUUACAUUACUCUUUGCUAAUGUUUGGUUAUCAUAUUGGAUUGAACAAAAAUUCCAUCAACCAUCAGGUUUUUAUAUUGGGUUUUAUUUAAUGUUUACAAUUCUUUGUGUUUUAUUUACAGGUUGUCAAUUUGUUAUGGUUGCUUAUUUAUCAAUUACAGCUGCUAAAAGAUUAAACAUUGGUGCUUUUACAAGAGUUUUACAUGCACCUAUGAGUUUGAUUGAUAGUACACCAGUUGGUAGAAUCUUGAACAGGUUUACAAAAGAUACUGAAACUUUAGAUAAUCAAAUUGGUGAACAGUUGAGAUUAUUUUUAUACAUUUCUGCUCUUUUGAUUGGAUAUAUGGUUUUAUGUGUUGUUUAUAUGCCAUGGUUUGCCAUUGCUAUCCCAUUUGUUGUGGUUAUUUGUAUUGGGUUGGUUAAUUAUUACCAAGCAUCUGCAAGAGAAAUUAAAAGAAUUGAGGCUGUUAAAAGGUCAUUUGUUUAUAAUAAUUUCAAUGAAACUCUUGGUGGGUUGAAUACAAUUAAAUCAUUUGGUAAGGUCAAGGAUUUCUUAAGGAAGAAUGAUGUUUUUUUGAAUGAAAUGAAUGAAGCUGGGUUUUUAGUGAUUGCAAAUCAAAGAUUUAUAUCAAUAAUGUUGACAUUAGUUGCUUGUUUUCUUUGUUUGAUUAUUUUAUUAUUAAUUGUUAACCAAAGUUUCCAUAUAAGUGCUGAAGGUGCAGGAUUGGUUACAAAUUAUAUUCUUCAAUUGGUGUUAUUAUUGUCUUUGUUAUUACGGUCUUUUACGGAUCUUGAGAAUGAAAUGAAUUCAGUGGAAAGAGUUUGUCAUUAUGCAAAUGAGAUUGAACAGGAGGCUAGAUACAAGACAGAGGACUUUCAAUUCCAAAAUGGGGACUUGAAAUUUCAAAAUGUUUGUUUUAGAUAUAGGGAGAAUUUACCACUAGUUUUGCAAAAUAUAAAUUUGGAUAUUCAUUCUGGAGAAAAAAUUGGUAUUGUCGGGAGAACUGGUGGUGGGAAAAGUACUAUUGGGAAUGCUUUAUUUAGAAUUGGAGAAUAUUCAGGUUUGAUUGAGAUUAAUGGUGUUGAUAUUUCCAAGAUUGGGUUAUUUAAUUUAAGAUCACAAUUAACCAUUAUCCCACAAGAUCCUGUUUUGUUUAAAGGUGAUAUUAAAAGUAAUAUUGAUCCAUUCAAUCAAUUUGGUGAAGAUGAAAUUAAUCAAGCAUUAGGGAAAACUGGAUUGAAACUAUCAUCAAAUGAAAAAGUUGAAGAAGGUGGUUUAAAUUUUUCACUUGGUGAACGUCAAUUGCUUGCAUUAGCUAGAGCCUUGGUUAGAAAUUCCAAAGUUUUAUAUCUUGAUGAGGCAACUUCAAGUAUUGAUUUUGAAACUGAUUCAAAAGUGCAAAAAAUUAUAAAUGAGGAAUUUACAGAUUGUACAGUUUUAUGUGUUGCUCAUAGACUUCAUACAAUUUUAAAAUAUGAUCGUAUUAUAGUUUUAGAUGGUGGUGAAAUUGUGGAAAUUGGUGAACCUAAAUUCUUAUAUCAACAAAAUGGUUUAUUUAAAGAAAUGUGUGAAAAGUCAUCUAUAGAUUUAUUUAUUUAA